CCUUUAGCCACGCUGAAGAGAGCAGAGCAGUGUGAGUGAAUCUGAGGAGCAGUGAAGUUGUCAGCUGUCUGACGAUCACGUAUUGGCCUGAGCAUAGGUGGAGGUAAUAGUUCGUGGCUGGCUGCUUUGCUUAUGUGACUCUCAUUUUAAACAACCCCUAAAAAAGUAAAGAAGAAGGAGGAACGUUCAAGUCAAGAGCAGGGAUUAGAGGGUGUGUCUUCAUACCUUAAGGUCCAGGAUUUGUCUAAAACACCUUAUUAGAUUAGAUCAAUUCUUAGACACUGGGAGCAGGCAGGAACACCUUCCUGUCAGUUCUGUUUGAGCCAGACUCCUGAACGAAGCCUGGUGCCUGGUGUAUGCAGAUCCACAUCACACACCUCAUACAAGCUACUGGAUAGUUGCCGGGGGAGACAGCUAGCUCUCCUUAGCAGAAGAUUGAAUCACACUCAGCCAUGAGUCUGGAGAAACAUACGAGUUUUCAGGGCCACAGAGGCCUUCCAUCUCAGAGAGCCCAGAGGAAGCCAAAGGGGCCCAUGGCUCAGAAGGUUCCCCCAGAGGAAGAGAAUCCGAGGGUCAAAUGCAGAGACUGCGGGGCAUUUGGGCACACCUGGAAGAGCAGGAGGUGCCCCAUCAAACAUGCCUAUGCGAUCACAGUGCCACAAGGACAACAAGGCAGAAAUGAGAAGGAGAACCGGUAUCCUGGCAGGCCCCAGACACAGGAGAAUUUAUGCCAGGUUGAGAGAGACAAGAGACUGAUCCAGGGCAAAGGACAGAGGUGAGUGAUGUGCAAGCACAAGGCCAGGGGCUGCAAAGAGAGAAGGAUCCAGGUGUCACAUAUCUCUUCUCUCUCUCCACAUACACCCCAAAAGGGGCCAGAGACAUACAAAGUCUCCUCCCCUUUGGAGACAAAGAUGA